GUGGUGUCGAUUUCCAGCAACUGAUAGAUUUUGCCAGUAGGUAGUCCCGUGUUUGAGGGGCCGGGCCUUUACCCGCCCGAAGUCAUUCUCUGCAACUCCGCAACAGACGAGGAAGUAUUUAUUUAAGGAGGAUAUUAUCGCACCUGAGGUUUUCAGCGAUCGGCACACGCGGUGAGAAUUAACCGGAGACAGCAUUUUUCAUUCCAAAGAAAAGUAAAUCCAAUGCUUCAAGGCAUUUACGAUGAUGCUUCGAUCCAGGCAUGUGUUAUAUUGCCUGUUGCUGAUUAUCUUCUGUCAAUGUGUUGAAGUUGAAGUUGAUCAGCUACAUAGUUCAAAUUCUCCUCUUCCAAUAGAAGAUACUUCCAUAACAGAAGACAGUAAAAGUCAAAUCCACCUCAACAGACGAAAAAGAAAUGUCAAUCAACAAACUGCAUAUGAUAUAGACAUUGAAGUAAGCAUACCUAACAAUGGCCUGUCUAUGGAAACACUGCAAAUGCUCCUGAAUAAUGUAACCUAUCCGUUUGGAAUAUACGUUGGAAAUGAUAUUGUUAAUAUUACUAGCAUCACUCCUACAACGGUCUGUAAAUUAGUCAACAACGAAGUUCAAUGCACAUGCACUGGCGAAUUUACUUGGAACUUGACUUUUUGUAGAACAUACCAGUCUUGCAGUGAAAAAACUAUAACAAACCAGACCUGUGACUGCAUCAGGGGCUACCCAAAAGAAAGGGAAUUUUGUGACCUCACACCCAUCGUAACAACACCCAUACAAAGUACUGCACAGACAACCCCCCCUGCACAGACAACCCCCCCUGCACAGACAACCCCCACAACUACUUCAACAUCAGCAACCACCACGGAAGCUCAAGGAGGAAGUAUGAAAUUUGCGUUGAGAGUUAAAAAUCUGAUCUUUUCAAAGGACCUGAAAAAUUCUUCCUCACCCUUGUACAAAAACAUUUCAAGAGAAUUCAAUGCAUUGCUUAAUGAAGCCUACAAAAGUGUGCGUCCAGAUGCUUCUGUAAAAAUUUUGGGAUUCACUAACGGGAGCAUCAUUGUGGUCCAUGAAGUAUUCUCUCGCUCACCUUUAAGCCCAGGUGACAUUGCCUCCAGCCAGAAUGAAGUGACAAAUGCUCUUUCUAAUAAGUACAUAACAGAAUUUUUACCAGAAGAUGAAAUUCCAUGCAGCAGUAGCAUCUUUGGCACCACAAAUUUUAAUUCCAUUGCAGAAAUUCCCUGUAUGGGAGUGGGAGGUGUCAAGAAAGCAAAAUGUGGAAAGAAUGGAAAAUAUGAAAAGGAACUUGAUUUCUGUCUAUUACCUGCGAUUAGUAAUCUUCUUGAGUUGACCAAUUCUUCUGCUGAAGUGGCAAAGAACUUUUCCAGUCUUCUUCAGGAGUUGUCUACUGCCUCACAAAAUGAAAACAUCACCACCCCUGGAAAUGUACAAGCUGUUGUAACCAUCCUGAAGAUAUUUUCAGAAACAAACACAACUGUUAACGAAACAGAUUUGGGGAAUUUCUUGCAAAUUGUAAGCUCCGUGAUUUCUACCAACUCAAUAGAAACGUGGAGAAUUCUCUCUAGCACAACGCCUGAAACGAACCCCAGUUCUCAAUUAUUACAAUCAGUGGAGAUAUUUAGUAGUCGUCUCAAUCUGACAAAGGGCACUUUAGAAAUUAAACAAACAAAUCUUAAACUCAGUGCUACUAAAAUUAUUAGCCCUAAAAAUCUCUCUCCCAUUAAUGUAACCUUUGAUAAUUUUACCAUUGAAGGCUAUAACAAUUUAUCUGCUAAUUUAUUUAUUUCUGCUGAUGAACUAGAAAAUGCUGAAAAUAGUGUAGUUGUCACAAUUGCAUAUCCAACAUGGAUUGAUAUUUUACCCAAUAAUACAAACUUUGGUGAAAAUUUCUUAAUUAAUGGUCUUGUUGUGACAAUAACAUUAAGUACUAAGAAAUCAAUUGAAAUAGAUAUGACCUUCUCACCAAGAGACCCCACACUUGAUUUUAACACUGCCAAGUGCGCAUUUUGGAACUUUACUGGUAAUGGUAUAUGGAAUGACAGAGGUUGUACACCUAUCCUUGAUGGAGAAAACAUCAUUUGCAAAUGUGUGCAUUUAACAUCCUUUUCAAUUUUAAUGUCCUCUAAAGAAGAGGAGAACAAAGUUUUGGAUUAUAUCACCCAAAUUGGAGUUGCCGUUUCUCUAGGAAGCUUACUAAUAACCAUAAUUAUAGAAGCAGUAGUAUGGAAGCAUGUGACCAAGAAUAAAACAUCACAUACUCGCCAUGUUGCAAUUCUGAACAUUGCUAUAAACCUGCUGAUAGCAGAUGUGUGGUUCAUCGUGGCUUCCUCUAUAAAACCAGAAUCAGGAGCUUGUGUGGCUGCAACUUUUUUCAUCCAUGUUUUCUAUCUCGCCUUAUUUUUUUGGAUGUUUACCCUUGGCAUUCUACUUGUGUACCAUCUGUUUUUCCUUUUCCAUGGUCUCAGCAAGUCUGCUUUGAUGGGAAUCUCAUUUGGUAUUGGCUAUCUGUGUCCAGUAAUAAUCUCAGUAAUCACAAUUGGAGUUACCUAUCCACAAGACAGUUACAUAAGAAAAGGUGCCUGUUGGCUUGGUUGGAGGGAUAAAUAUCCAAUACUUGCUUUUAUUUUGCCGGCUCUGGUUAUCAUCGCAAGCAACAUUAUCGUUCUAGUUAUGGUCAUAUUUAAGGUCCUACGACCAACAAUUGGAGACAGGCCUAGAGGCCACAACGAGGAGAAAGAAACAUUCAAACAAAUCGUGAGGAGCGUUGUAGUGCUAACCCCGAUCCUUGGACUCACGUGGGCCUUUGGAAUACCGACCUUCCAAGAGAACUCCCAUAUUGCUUUCCAUUAUAUAUUUACAAUUCUCAAUGCUUUUCAGGGUUUCUUUAUUUUGGUCUUUGGAACAUGCUUGGAUAAAAAGGUGCGAGAAGCCCUAUUGAAGAAGUUCUCAUUGACAGGAUUUUCUUCCCGAACAAAGAGUGCACAGAGUACUUCCACUGGAAAGUUUCCCUCCAAACAUGGAAGGGCAUUUCCUGGGAAAAAAAAGGACUACAAGAUUUCCAAUCAAUUACACUCAGGUAGCAAGGACAAAUCCCUGAGCUAUUCUACUCUGAAUUAACUGCUGCAGCUUGGAAGAUAAAACUGACCCUUCAGAUGCAGAAGAAAAUUGGUUAUCAACUUGACAAAACUAUUUCAGCAGUGAAUUAAGAAAAAAUGGUGACUUAUGACAAAAGUUACAAAACUGUAAGGAAUGUUUGGCAUAUCAUUAAUAUGCAUUAUUCCAAGGGAUAAGCAUUUUUUCAUUGUAUACUGAGGUAAACAGUAAUAUCAAUGAAGAACAAGAAUAUUUUGGAUAUUGAGCAAUUAACUACUGUAUUGUAUUGUGUAGAUUGUUAUAAGAUUCUGCCAUUAAUGAAAUUAUUCACUCACAUGGAUUUGUCUAACUGGAUAAUUUGGUUAUGUAGACAAUAUUCAGGUUCAUUUUAGAUAGCUAUUUUUGUGCACUGUUCAUUCUGACUGAUUACAUGUGACUCUUACCGCCCAGCCUUCCCAAUCUCAGGUAUAUUCACUAAUUCCUGUAAUGGAUCUGCUGAAUUUCUCACAGCAUCUUGGGUUUUGAACUUUUCCAAAAACAUAGAAUUAUUCUGAGGCUCUAAAAUUUGCUUCCUUUCCCAUUGGAAGUAUGCAGAACUUCGCAGAAACAUUCAUCAGGACCAGUGGACUGGGUUGCCUCCCUUUAAUAACUCGUUUAUUAAAUACAUCACAGAUCAGCAUGAAGAUAUCAUUGAUAGUUGACUGCAGUAUGGUAGAUAAUAGGUAUGCCGUGGGUAGGGGAAGGGAAAUAAAAAUAGCUCUUGGGUAGGAAAGAGGAAAUAAAUUUGCCAUGGUAUCCACUUUUGAUUUGCCAUUCCCUGAACCCUGCUAGAAAGUAUAUAUGUUUAGAUGCUGGUUAAUGACAGGAGCAGGCUUUGCUGUGAUACCUUCUCCGUGAUUGAAUUGCCUGUUGUCAUUCACUGACCAGGUUCACACACACACAGGAUGGUAUUUGGGGGAGAUCCAGAGGACUACUUUCCUUGGGAUUAUGCUGCAUUUUGAAUCAAUGCAUAUACCUGAACAAAGAGUAAAAGAUCUGUCCAUUCAUUCUCUGUGAUAUGAAUUGUAUGUGGUCUGACUGGGUUUGGAGUCAAAGGACAAAUGAUCUUUUCCACUUUUUUUAAUUGUUCUUUUUAGAGCAGGGUUGAUUACUUCCCAACUCCUACCAAUAUUACCAUUUAAAUUAGUCAUUGUAAGUGUGUUUCUUUCUUUCUCACGUUAUUUUAAGGGUAGAUUUUUUUAUACAUUCACACAGACAAUCUAAAGCUUCUCGUGAAGCCAGGAAGACACACUGAGAAUUCAGAAGGGAGGAUAAAUGAGCCUCACAGGCUUCUCCAGUGCAUUCCUAUUGGUUUAGCAUGUUUCACAUCAAGAGAGAAAUUCAUUAAAUCUACUCAGAGUUUUUGAUGGUAGCAGUGAAUCAGGAGAAUAUUUCAAGUCCCUUCUGACUACCAAAUGCAAAAAUGUUAUAAGUUUCAGUAUUAAUUACUCCUACCACAGUACAAUUGUUGCUUUGUUUGCUCUAAAUUAUUAUCAUUUACUGUGGUAUCCUGUUUCUGGGCUUCCUCAAGCCUCAGACUUUGUAAUUUCUACGAAUUGGUCUGUUCAUUCCAGAGCAAGAUUCAAUUGAAGGCAGGUUACUCACUGUUGGGAGGUAGCAGGAUUUUCUAAUUUUCUGGCUGUUAAUUUUAAAUGCUAGUUGAAUCAAUGGAUAGUGAAUCAAUCAUAUUGAGUUCGGAUUCUGUUGAGCCUUUCUAUUAAGUGAAGUUCCAUGAUGCAUUUUUUCCCGCCCUUUAGUAAAAUGCUCAGAAAAAUUUCAGCUUUGUGCUUCUGUUUCAGAGUAUCAUGUAAAAGAGGAGCACAUCUUAGGAUAUUGGGUAGCUUGAUCUCUGUGGGUGCUGUGUUUCCCCAUUGUUGUGUCUGGGAACAUAGCAAUAGGCAAUUAUGGAUCCAAAUGAGUGAUUAUGGAUGUAUGGAUAGGUUUUAUUUCUGCUUUUAUAUUGUUCUCUCCUUCACUGCAAUACAAUUAUUCAUUAAGAAUUCCUUUUGAAUUUUCUGAACAAUCUCAUUCACAUGCUGAAGGUGAUUCAUCCAACAGUAGAGCUUUCUCAUUUGAUAUGGAUAAAGUGAAUUAUUAUUUAUGGCAUGAUUGUGUUGGUCCAUUGAAUUCUGAAAACUGAAAUCACGGAAGAAAGGAAUUUAAGUUUUAUUACUAGGUGAUGUAGUUAAAAUUAAUAAUAUGAAUCCGUUUAAAUACUGCAAGUACUAUUUUUAAACUGUUAGAGAUAAUUAACAAGGUUUCAGAAUACUGCUGUAAAAAAACAUUUUCAGUGGCAGUGUUGUGUGAAGUGGUUCUUUUCGCCCUUAAGGAUGAAGGACUCUGGACACAAGCUUUGGAUAUCAAAACUAGCUUAAUCACAAAGGCAAACGUGGGGACAGAAUGGAUGGGAACAGAUACACACUCACACAUACACAGGAGACUGCUAACGUGAGGGGGAAAUUGCAACUAGGAUAAGAUACACGCACACACACACACUGAUACACACAAGCACACAAUAACAAUGUACAACUUCAGGAUAUAAUACUUCAAUGCUUGACCCACACUAGCAUUGGUCCUUAAUGCUCCGAGUCUGAGUGAAACACUCCCAAACCACAUGGUGAUGCACUCUUACCAGUGAUCUCUGCAGCGUUGUCUCACAACUCCUGGGGUCAUCAAAGAGAGAGAGCUGGGGGAUUGCAACCCUUUUUAUGGUGCUAGGAGGCUGGGUGGAGCCUCACUGAGUGAUUUCAAUGGGCCAAUGGUUUAGGGGUCAAAGACAAAGGUGCCUGCCACAGCCAAUGGUCAGGCAAGUUCAGAGACAAAAGGUACUUUCACACCUGAGGGGUGGGUGGAGCUGCACCUUGACUGACAGUGGUGUCACUUCCGAUCCGAGGAGCAAUGCUGUCCUCCGACCAGCGGAGGUCAGUGUCGUUACUCUCACGUGACAGCCAUGUGCUUUCUCACUACAGGCAGUUAGAAGCAUGUUGUUGCUUCCAUACUUCAAUUUUCCUUUAAUAAUAGAUUAAGUCUUGAAAAAUAUGCAUGUUUGAAAACUAUUUUUCAUUUUUGGAGAAUUUUUAACAAUGAUAAGUUAUGAAUGGAAUCUAACUUUUGUAAAUAAUUGAAGUUCCACAAUCAUCAUAGAGGACAGCCGUCAAUGUGUUCUGUUCCUCUUCGUGCCUUACUAUUAAUAUAACAUUUUUUGUAUAUUUUAUGAUAUUUGUGAAUACAGAACACAAACAAUUGUAAUGGAUGUGAAUGUAAAUUGUUAAGUGAGUGAUAUAAAUCAUUAAAUAAAAUCAGUGUAGAGUUAAUA